UUGCACGAUAUGUCACCUUUAAGGUAACUAUAAUAAUUGCCCCUCAGAUACACACUUGUUUUCACUCCCCUCGUCACUCUCUCUAAAGCACACAUUUUAUUUUGAAAACCCUCCGGGCGGAAGUUGAUGCAGCCUGGUUGACGCUUCAGAAACACGUUGAGCUAAGUUGUCAAUCAAAGGGACAGUCAGAAACCCCGGUUGUUAUGUGAAAAUUCAGGAUGUCUGUGACAGCAGAAUGAACGAGGCGGUCUCUGCUCGGUUUUCUGUGUGAUUUCAAACCACAGGAGGAUAUGCUGUGUUUUAUCUCUCAGUAUCUCGUUCAGGAAGGAAGCUCUUGCACUGGAAACCUGCAGACCUGAGCUAACCCAUUUUUUAUAUACCUGCUUUACGACUAUUUUAAUUGCAAUUUUUGGGGAAAUGAGAGCGACAUUAUUCCUGCUGCACGCCAUCACAUGCUGCUGGUUGGUCGGUGGCACACUUUCAAAAACUGAUGCAAAGAAGUCGCAUAAAGCUGAGGCCGAGACCUCUCCAGCUGAGUUGUCUGUGUUGGAGAGAGGCCUUGUUGUAUCAGACCCUCAAUGGAAGGACAUAGUGAAGGAGGAAAAGAGACACAGUGUCCACAUCAAGAGAACAUUUCAAGGACAGGUUCUUGGAUAUGUCACACCUUGGAACUCCCAUGGAUAUGACAUUGCCAAGAUGUUUGGCUCUAAGCUGACAUCAGUGUCUCCCGUGUGGCUUCAGCUCCGCCGGCGGGGACCUGAAACUUUUGACGUGACAGGCCUUCAUGAUCAUGACCCAGGCUGGGUCAAAGCUGUACGCAAGUCUAACAAAAAAGUCAGGAUUGUGCCUCGGCUGUUAUUUGACGGCUGGUCUUACCAGGAUUACAUGAGUGUUCUGGGGAGUGAAGAUGAAAUUGAGGAGCUGGGAAAUGAGCUGGUGGAUGUUGCAAAGACUGAAGGUUUUGAUGGUUUCACGUUGGAGCUGUGGAGCCAGCUGGGAGGUAACAAAAGAAAGGAGCUUGCCCACAUGGUGAAACACAUAUGCGAGACAUUAAAGGAUAAAAGAUUAGACUGCAUUCUCGUUAUUCCACCUGCAGUGACAAGUGCGGGGCAGCCAGGAAUGUUUGGCAGGGAGGAGUUUGAGCAUUUGGCCCCUGCAGUCGAUGGAUUUAGCCUCAUGACAUACGACUACUCCAGCGGUGCCAGAGCGGGCCCGAGCUCACCUCUGCCCUGGGUGAGAGACUGUGUCCUCCAGCUUGCACCCAAUGCUCAGUGGAGGCAGAAGAUCCUGCUCGGAUUCAAUUUGUAUGGCCUUGAUUUUGCAAGCCAGGGAACAGAACCAAUCCUGGGGGGAAGGUACAUCGAGAUUUUGAGAGAACACCGACCAAAACACCUCUGGGAUGAAUUUUCAGGAGAGCAUUACUUCAGUUAUAAGAAGAACAAUGCAGUCAAGCAUGUGGUGUACUAUCCAACAUUGAAGUCAAUCUACCAGCGGAUCUCAUUAGCGACUGAACUUGGAACAGGAAUUUCCUUGUGGGAAUUGGGACAAGGACUGGACUAUUUCUAUGAUCUCCUAUGAGAGAUGGACUUGACAGUGGAAACAGAACACUUAAUCAUCAGCAUUUUUUUUUCUUUUUGACAAGAUGCAUUCAGAAAAACCAAGAGCUGUAUGCUGGUCUUACUUUGGGAGUGAGUGACAUGUUCUCAAGUUGUUUAAGGGUUUUAAAAUCAAUGCAAACAAAUCUGGGAUUUGAUGAUUCAAGUGGUACAAGCAGUAGAUAGUAGGUACUUCAGUAUGUAUACUCAUGAAUGUGAUUGAAAGAAUCAACUUGAACACUUCAUUUAGAGUUCAGUAACAUCUUCAUUCAGCCACAGAAGGUGCAUGACCAUCAAUAUGUACAGUAUGUGUAAGUCAAAAUGAAGGGUUGUGUUGUUGUUCUGAGCCUUUCAGAGUUCACUCGCCUCAAACAUCUUCUAUUUAGCUCUCCAUUUCAGAACUGAAGAGUCUGGUUUUGCUUGCUGAAGAUGCAUCCUUCUCCUGGUUUUCUUAAAACUGCAUCUGAACCUAACAUCCCAAGUUUUCUCUUUUUUUUUAAAUUUUCAAAUCAA